GCGUGAAGUAAGUUCCACUUCCCAGCUCCUCCAGGCUGAGAGGCAACUCCCGAAAUAGCGCUGCUUGCUGGGAAGGCUGCAUGCAGGGGGGAAAAAAUGGCUGAAUUGGUCUCACCGAUUACUCGACAGGUUUCUACGGAAAAGUGGAAAGCUGGAACACCAACUGUCGAUAUCAACCUUAAAGAUGUCGAGGACUGUUUGAUUUACGACCGCCGUGGAGUCUCUUUCCCUUUCAAGAGUUUAUAUCAAGACAGCAAAUCAGUCAUCAUUUUCGUCCGGAAUUUCUUGUGCUACAGCUGCAAGGAGUAUGUUGAUGAUUUAAGCAAAGUGCCAAGAAAAGCGCUGGAGGAGGCUGGAAUAAGACUGGUUGUUAUAGGUCAGUCUACUCAUCAGCAUAUAGAGCCUUUCUGCUUGCUGACGGGCUAUUCUCAUGAAAUAUAUGUGGAUCCAAAAAGAUCAAUUUACCUAAAGCUUGGGAUGAAAAGAGAGGAGACAUUCACAGACUCUGCGCUGCCCAGUCCUCAUGUGAAGUCUGGUUUAUUUAUGGGCCAAAUAAAGAGCAUAUGGAGGGCUAUGACCAGCCCUGCAUUUGAUUUUCAAGGUGAUUUGCAUCAGCAAGGUGGAGCCAUCAUUGCAGGACCAGGCUCUCAAGUUCAUUUUUGUCAUUUCGAUAUGAACCGACUGGAUCACAUGCCCAUCACCUGGCUCCUCCAACUAGCUGGAGUUCAACAGAGCCUGGACUUCAGUCCUAAACCAAAAAUUAUCCAUGUGUAGCAUUAAGUAAUUUAGGAUUAGUCAUUCCCUUUAAGCUGAUGGAAGUCAGUUGCAAACUUCUUUUAUUCCUGUUUAUGAUGUAAAUUUAGGCUCCUGUGUUUUUUUUUUUUUUUUUUUUUAUUUAAAACCUUUGAACCAGUGUUACUUUCCUGUCUGUCAAGGGUCAGUGGUUAAUAUUGUAAUCUAGUGUCACUCAUCAGGAUAUAGAUACAAACUACAGUAGAAGUGGCAUGUUUUCUUUACUUAAAUUGGGAAAGUUCGCAGAACUAUGGGAAUGAGUUCAAUGUUCAAAUUUUAAAACUGCAUGUUUAAAAUGUGAAAAGACAUUUUUCAAGCAAAUGAAAUGAUACAGCUGGGUUCUGUAGUGCAUGUGACUACAGAACCCAGCUGUAGUCACAUGCUGGGUUCUGUAGUCACAUGCAGAACCCAGCAUCAGAGUAAAAGAAAAUAGAUUAAAUGGUGCUACAUAAUAUUGCAGCAGCACAAAUUCCAGGAAAUUUCUGAUAAAGUAUGAUUAGAGCACAAAUAACUCCAUGCAAAUAGAGUAGGGAUAUCCAAUAGGAUCCUAUAAAAGUGAGCAGCAACACUUUUUAUAGAACCCUACAACCCUACAACCCUGGCUUGUAUUUGUGAGUACAGAUGCAAGCCACACUUUUCAGAUUAUUAUUUUCAAAAAUAUUUAAACAAUCUUCCUUCUGUUUAACAAAUAACCACCACUUAGUUGAUCCGUCAUACAGAAUCCCAAUUAGAUGCUCUUCAUGAAAGUUUGUUUUCAUAAUGUGAGAAGGUUUUUGCUAAAACUAUUGAUGGCUUUCAACAUGUGUCAACAUGUGUGAGAACUACUUGAAAGAGUUUCUUGAGCUGAGUUAGUUUUUCAUGUUGGCUUUGUUUAUUUUCUAUGAUUCCAUUCAGAAUCAAUCUGUUUCUGUGUACAGCAUAGUGCAAUUUUACAACUGUACUUUGAGUAAAAUGACUGUUGCACUGACGUUUGUAUUCAUCUUUUAAGUUUUUUAAUCAUAUUUUCAAAUAAAAUGCUAUCUCCCAGCUUCA